AUGUUUGCUCUCCUCCAGACAGCACGUUGGUCAUAUGAGCAGCAGAAGAAGACGAAGAAGAAACAGCAAUGGACGGAUUGUCCCGCUGGAUGAGGAGGUGCUGCUGCUGUGGCGAGGUCGAGGAGGAUGAGGGGGGCAAAGGUCCAUGGAAGGGGGAGGAAGAGGAAGAGGAACAGGUGGAGGUGUUGAGAAUGGAGGAAAGGGCCGUGAAGAAGAGCAACAGUUCUUCAUCGCUGCCGGUUUCUGAGCUGAAUCCAGACAGUGGCCCGCAGCCUCACUGGUUUCACACGCUGCAGAUGCGACGGCUUCGAGUGCAGAGAGACCGCAGCAACAGUGACCCAUGGAGCCAGACAAACUGCCAAAACCCCUUUUUCUGGAAACCGGGACUUCAGUUUGGAACAGCCAACUCGUACGUGAGCCUGGAGAAACUUGGUGAAGGCUCCUACGCGUCUGUAUAUAAAGGCAUCAGCAGGAUCAAUGGGCAGCUCGUGGCGUUGAAGGUGAUCCAGACAAAGACAGAGGAGGGUAUGCCGUUCACUGCAAUCAGAGAAGCUUCACUGCUCAAAGGCCUGAAGCACGCCAACAUCGUCCUGUUGCACGACAUCGUUCACGCCAGAGACUCGCUCACCUUCGUCUUUGAAUAUGUGGUGAGACGCCCUCGCGCGUAGCGGAGGUGGCGGCGGCCCGCACCGGGGGGGGGGGGGGGGAUUUCAAAACGAAUCUUCAUGUUCCAGCUGCUGCGCGGUCUCACCUUCAUCCACGAACGUCGGAUCCUCCAUCGAGACCUGAAGCCUCAGAACCUGCUCAUCAGCUACUUGGGAGAGCUCAAACUGGCCGAUUUCGGUCUGGCCCGUUCCAAAUCUGUCCCCUGUCAGAGUUUCUCCUCAGAUGUGGUGACGUUGUGGUACCGCCCUCCCGACGUCCUGCUUGGAUCGACAGAUUAUUCGACGGCUCUGGAUAUCUGGGGUGCCGGUUGCAUCUUUGUGGAGAUGCUGCAAGGGGCUCCGGCAUUCCCGGGAGUCACUGACGUGUUUGACCAGCUGCAGCAAAUCUUUCUGGUGCUUGGAAUCCCAUCGGAGGAUACCUGGCCCGGAGUUACUCGGCUGCCCAACUAUCACUCAGACUGGUCCCUUCCCUCCAAGCUGAAGCCAAUUCGCUGUGUGUGGAAAAGGUUGAGUCGACUGCCAUGCAAAACCGAAGACCUGGUUCAGAGAAUGCUGACGCUUGCGCCCGCCGACCGGAUCCCGGCGUCAGAAGCCCUCCUGCACUCCUAUUUUAACACCUUACCGCCGCCCGUCAUGCACCUGAGGGACACCGUGUCCAUCUUCAAGGUGCCCGGCGUCCAUCUGGAGACGGAGUUCCGCGACACCUUCGCUCCCGGCGGCCGAGUCAGACCUUCACUUUUGCCUGUCGCCAAAUUUUGGUGACAUCAGGGCAGCGGUGGAAUUUUGGGAUUGAUUUUUGUAACUUCUACUCAAGUUUGGGUUCAUUAUUUUGACCCAGCGGAUUGGAUUGAAGAUUGGAUUUGGGCGGGCUGAAGAUCUGAAAAGCUGGUCGCCAUUUUGAAGUGAAGCACUGAAGUUGAAGUCAAUGAACUGAAAAGAGCUCGGCCGUGUGACUCAUGCGAGUGACUCGCUGUGGUGACUCCCGGCGGAGGGGGGAGUUGUUUCGUCUUAGAAACGGUUGAGAAUAAAAUACGUUUAACCGAAGCUAUACUGAUCACCUGGUAACCUUUUUUUUUUUUUUUUUUUUUUUUUUUUUUGGAUGGCUCUAACUCAUCAGUAUGGAUGUUUUUUUUAGACGCUGUUGAAUGAAAAUCUCGACCCGAUCUCCAGGGCCAAAUCCUCA